GGUGCUAGGGUUUGGCUCGAGAUGGGGAAGGCAAAGAGCAAGGGCCCUAAAUUCGCGGCGGUGAAGAAGAUUAUCACCAAGAAAACCAUCAAUAAGUACAAGGAGGAUGUGCUGAACCACAAGAAGAAGGACGUGGACAAGGAGAAACUCGGCCGGAAUGUGCCGCAGGUUUCGUCGGCGUUGUUCUUCAGCUACAACACAGCAUUGGGGCCGCCGUAUCGGGUGAUUGUGGAUACCAACUUCAUCAAUUUCUCGAUACAGAAUAAGCUGGAUUUGGAGAAGGGAAUGAUGGAUUGCCUUUAUGCAAAAUGUACCCCAUGUAUCACGGACUGUGUUAUGGCUGAGCUUGAAAAGCUGGGGCAGAAGUAUCGUGUGGCCUUGAGAAUUGCCAAGGACCCUAGGUUCCAAAUAUUAGCAUGCACACACAAGGGAACCUAUGCUGAUGACUGCAUUGUGGAGAGGGUCACUCAGCACAAAUGCUACAUAGUUGCUACUUGUGAUAGAGAUUUGAAAAGGAGGAUAAGAAAGGUUCCUGGUGUUCCAAUCAUGUACAUCACAAGACAUAGGUAUUCGAUAGAACGGCUCCCUGAGGCCACAAUUGGUGGAGCACCAAGAAUCUGAUCGGUGCAGACAUGAGAUGUCCUGGGAUGUAAUACUGUGGCGGUACUUGUCCAUCUGACCAAGUCAAUGUUUCAUGUUUGAAGCCACGGCAAGGACUAGGAUAAGAAUGCUGCUUUGUAGGUUGAGCUUACUGUAACUACUAAGAAAUUUUUAUUAUGUACCAACCUUAUCAUUUCUACAAUGUUGCGGGAUGUCUGAAGUAAUUCUUUGUUAAAAGAUCGGGUAUCCUGCUCCCUUUUGCUUCUCAA